ACAAACAAAGACUCUUUCAUCAUCGAAUAUCAUGUCCCCGGAGCUCCACUUCCGGUUGACCUCCUUCCUCCUCCUGGUGGUCUUUUCAGCAUAUAUAUCCUCCUCCUCCUCCUCCUCCGCCGCCGCAGCCGGAGCAGAUCUCCCCAAGUUCCGGGAGGCGCCUGCAUUCCGCAAUGGACGGGAAUGCCCUCAAUCACCGUCGAUCAUCCACGUAGCCAUGACCCUAGAUGCCACCUACCUCCGAGGCUCAAUCGCCGGUGUUUUCUCAGUCCUCCAGCAUGCCACCUGUCCGGAAAACAUAAUCUUUCACUUUCUCGCAUCCCCCGCCCAUCGCCGCCGCACCAGUACCGAUCUCCGUCGCACAGUCGUCUCCACAUUCCCCUAUCUAUCAUUCCAAAUGUACCAUUUUGACGCCGCCCUUGUCCGCGGGAAGAUCUCCUCCUCCAUCCGUCAAGCGCUCGACCAACCUUUAAACUACGCCCGAAUCUACCUCGCCGAUCUUCUUCCUUCCUCCGUCCGCCGCAUAAUCUACUUCGAUUCGGACCUAAUCGUAGUCGACGACGUCUUCAAACUGUGGUCAAUCGAUCUCAAGAAUCGAGUCCUGGGCGCCCCGGAGUACUGCCAUGCCAAUUUCACCACUUACUUCACCCAGAAAUUCUGGGCCGGUGGAAUUAAUAAUAUUGAUAUCGAUCCCCAUCAUGUAUUCUUGAACCGAAAGCCGUGUUACUUCAACACUGGUGUAAUGGUAAUAGAUCUGGAAAGAUGGCGCAAGGGGAGGUACACCGAGAAACUGGAGACGUGGAUGAGGAUUCAGAAGAAAUACAGGAUCUACGAAUUGGGUUCGUUGCCGCCGUUCCUGCUGGUUUUCGCCGGAAAUGUGGAGCCGGUGGAGCACCGGUGGAACCAGCAUGGACUGGGCGGGGAUAAUGUGGAAGGACUUUGCCGUGAUCUUCAUCCGGGUGCAGUCAGCUUGCUUCACUGGAGUGGCAAGGGAAAGCCAUGGCUAAGAUUGGACUCCAAUAAACCUUGUCCGUUGGAUAGCUUGUGGGCCCCGUACGAUCUGCGCCUCCUGCGUUCUACCCAUAUAUAUAACACCUGAAGCACUGGAUUGAUUAAAAUGAGAAUCGCAUAGACCAAAAGUCAAGAAAAAUUAGGAAGGGUCAUUUCGAAUUUGUAGCCCAGUUUUUUUAUUUUUUUUAUUUAAAUUGUAUUUUAGUCUUUUUUAUUUUUGUAAAUAUUUUAUGGUUGAAUCUUAAAUUUGAUUUUUAUAAAUU